AUGGCCGGGCGGCUGGCGGCGGGGCUGCGCGUGGCGGGGACCGGGCUGUUCGCGGGGGCGGUGCUGGGCGGGCUGGUGGCGGCCUACGUGACGGGCUGGCAGCUCAUCCGCACGGAGCAGCAGCACCUGUCCUUCGGGCUGUACGGCGCGGCGCUGGGCCUGCACCUGUGCGCCCAGGGCCUCUUCGCCUUCCUGGAGCACCGCCGCAUGCGCCGCCCGCCCGCCCCGUCGGCCCCCACCGCUGCCGCCGCCGCCUCGGUGGCGCUGUGCAUCGCCGCCUUCCAGGAGGACCCGGCCUACCUGCGCCAGUGCCUGCGCUCGGUGCGCCGCCUGUCCUGGCCGGGCCUGCGCGUGGUGCUGGUGGUGGACGGCAACGGGCCCGAGGACGCCUACAUGCGCGACAUCUUCCACGAGGAGCUGGGCAGCGCCGCCGCCUCCUACCGCUGGGCCGGCAACUUCCACGCGCCCGCCCCGCGCCAGGCCGCCCACGCCGCCCGCCACGUCGAGGCCCUGGUGCGCCGACACGCCUACGUCUGCAUCCUGCAGCAGUGGGGCGGCAAGCGCGAGGUCAUGUACACCGCCUUCCGCGCCCUGGGCCGCUCCGUCGACUACGUGCAGGUGUGUGACUCGGACACUGUCUUGGAUCCAGCCUGCACCGCAGAGAUGCUUCGCAUCUUGGAAGAGGAUCCCCGCGUGGGCGGAGUUGGGGGAGACGUGCAGAUCCUGAACAAGUACGACUCGUGGAUCUCCUUCCUCAGCAGCGUGCGCUACUGGAUGGCGUUCAACGUGGAGCGGGCCUGUCAGUCCUACUUUGGCUGCGUGCAGUGCAUCAGCGGGCCCCUGGGCAUGUAUCGCAACACGCUGCUGCAGCACUUCUUGGAGGACUGGUACAACCAGACGUUCUUGGGCAGCAAGUGCAGCUUCGGAGACGACCGGCACCUCACCAACCGCGUCUUGAGCCUGGGCUACCGGACCAAGUACACGGCCCGCUCCAAGUGCCUGACCGAGACGCCCGCCAGAUACCUCCGCUGGCUUAACCAGCAGACCCGCUGGAGCAAGUCCUACUUCCGGGAAUGGCUCUACAGCGCCCUCUGGUUCCACAAGCACCACCUCUGGAUGACCUACGAGUCGGUGGUGACGGGCUUCUUCCCCUUCUUCCUCAUCGCCACCGUCAUCCAGCUGUUCUAUCGCGGCCGGAUCUGGAACAUUCUCCUCUUCCUGCUGACGGUGCAGCUGGUGGGCAUCCUCAAAGCCGCCUACGCCUGCUUCCUCCGCGGCAACACCGAGAUGAUCUUCAUGUCGCUCUACUCCCUGCUGUACAUGUCCAGCCUGCUGCCGGCCAAGAUGUUUGCCAUCGCCACCAUCACCAAGUCCAGCUGGGGCACCUCUGGCCGCAGGACCAUCGUGGUCAACUUCAUCGGCCUCAUCCCCGUCUCCAUCUGGGUGGCCGUGCUGCUGGGGGGGCUGGCCUACACGGCCUACUGCCAAGAACUCUUCACGGACACAGAGCUGGCUUUCCUCAUUGCAGGAGCCAUCUUGUACGCCUGCUACUGGGUGGCGCUGCUCACCCUCUACCUGGCGGUUGUGGCCCGGCGCUGCAGCAAGCCCCAGGAGAACUGCAGCUUGACCUUCCUGGAGGUGUGAUUGGAGGAAGGGGGCUAGCGGUGAGCCCCUGCCUCGGGGAGGGUCUCUAGGAGGGCUGGUCCUUCCUGCCUGGGAGUGCUGUUCAGGGAAGAAGAUUCGCCCAGGAAACAGGCCGAUGUGCUCCAGGGAACAGGAUCUAGCAGGGCUCUUCUUAGUGCCUCUGUCAGAACUUUACGGAACAGGGUCUUUCUAGGGAACACAAGAGCCCCACAGGCUCUUGGGAAAACGCAGCUCCAGGAGUCCUUCUAAUUCUAUGCAAAUGCCACAACCCUCAGGAUUACACUGGCCCGGCCAGGGCAAGGUGUGACCGCCUCUCGUGUGAACUUGGCAGAAGGCUGUCUGGGGACCUCUCAUCCCUGCCUAGCACAAUAGAUCCCAUUGGGUGGCCUGUUGAGGAGGCCCUUCUAAGCCUGCCAGCCUCUCUGCCCAGUCUAGCACCUGCUCGGGGAUCUGCUUCCCCUCUGAGGCUGCCCUUCUACUCAUAGGGGAGGGCUUGACCACCAGGAGGAAGCCAAAGGGUAGGCAGGGCUGAACCUUUGUUCCUUCUGCGGGAUGCUCUGGAGGGACGCUUGCGGAGGGAGGUUGGGGUGUGUGGAGGCUCUUUGCCCAGAUCAGGAGUCCUCUGUUGGCCAAAGAGUGUCUCUCUCUCUCCCUCUCUUCUGUACACCAAAAAACCUCACAAGCUGAAUCCAGCAUGUCCCAGUGGGAUCUUUUCUGGGGCUGAUGGUGUGACGAGCGUAUCUGCAGAUCUGGACGGAGCGGCUGAAGAGUUUUAGCGACAGGGUGCUGUGUUCCUCCCUUGCAGUGUGUCCAGUUUCACUUGCCACCAAACAACCCACCACUGAAUGGGGCUGGGCCCUGUUUUGUAACAGUUGGGUGGGGGCGGGGCUGAAGUUUCCACCAGAAGAGGGAGACUGCUGGGCAUUCAGGCUUUCCCCACCAGCAAGGAGAGAUCCAAUGCUGCAUGGCCACCUCUCUCGAGGCUCAGCACGGGCCCUUCUGGGGCUUCUCUUGCAGACUGUCCCUCAGUGCUACUCCAGUGUGGCCAUGUGACUUGGAGCAGGUUCUACCUGCUCAGCCCUGAGCCUUUGAAAUGCAUUGGAGAGCCUCCUCUUGCAAGAUGGUGGAUUUGUUGUGGAGGGUGGCUGGCUGGCUGGCUGAUGGGCUUCUGGAGACAUCUGGCACUAAGCCUUGUCCGGGGGCUAGUUCAGUGGCCCAUGCCUGCUGCUGCUGGAAGCAUUUCCUCCGUUCUGUUGCUUUCUGCUGGGCCAGCACGCUCAGCCUCUUGUGCUAGCAAGCCUGCUUAUUUCCAGGGGAGGGGGGAGGGUUCGGUAAAAUUUUGGAUUCUUGAUCCUCUCAGCCUUCAGCUCUUUUUGACAGAGGGAAAACAGCAAGUUUCUAAACAUCGCGUUUUUCUACAAGUUUUGAAAGUUUUUGAAAGUUCACUGGACAACUGAGGGGCCUUGUCUCUGUGCUGCUCUUGCUAGGAGAAACAGAACUUCAAAGUCAAGAUUAGGAGUCCCAACUAAGGCAUGCCAAUGAAAUGUAGGAAGGCGAAUGUUGACAUAAUUUUAUUGAUCUGUACGGUUUAAGUUUCAGGUGCUGAAUGUGCUCAGGAUUUUGUAUGCUCCAGAUUUAGGACUUUUGUGCUUUUCAGGGGAUGCAACCUACAGCUGUGCUGGAGUUUCCCACCAGUUUCUGACAUCACGUUGACUGAAGCUUCGUCACAUAUUUCUUCCUUCUCCAGUCCCUUUUAGAUUGUGCUGGGGUGGGGAACCCACGGGCUGGAGGGGUCUUGCUAAUGGCAUCAUCUCACUCAUUUUGCCCAGGAAAAUCUGUCAUUCCUUUUAACCUGGCAGGUCUGGGCUGAGGGUAGCCACCAAGUGAGAAAUGCUCUGCCAUAAUAGGCUGCUUCCUUCUACUGUGCAAUGCAAGAGGCUAUAACAUACACAUAGACACUCUUUGAACAUACGCACAACUAGACAGCCUUCCCCCACUGCAUUAUUGUUUGAAACAAACCAAUCAGCCCAACCAUUCCAGAAAGGUAGAAGUUCUGCAGGUGGUGUACAUUGUGCACAGCUCAUCAGCUUGUAUUUUUGCUUAAAAUGUGGAUGUGGGAGAGGAAGAGUGGAUUUUGUUCAAAUUAUCAUCUUAUGAAAGAAGUCCCCCCUCCCCUGCCACAAAAUUCCUCCGGGGCAGGGGCCUUACAUCUUUUACCUUUUCUGUCUCUUGUUACAGACCCAGCAAACUGAGUCUUCAAAUGGAUGCUAUUAAUACCACUUACCCUUUUGAGCCGGUGCACUGAAAAUGUCUUGCCUUGCAAAUUAGAUGGGGUCUUGUAUUGGACACCAACAGGACAGUUUGCCCUGCUAGACGCUACUCUGGUCUGAGCCAAGACCAGCCUUGCUGCGGCCACUGGCCUUGGGCAACUCCCAGCCAGGCCAGAACCAGCUCUGCUACCCCCAUCUCUAGGGAGGGGCAGAGAUGUCUCCAAGAGGUAGUUUUUCUUAAUUGAGCCAUUCUGCUGUCUCUUACUUAAAACAAAAGUUUGUAGGAAUUUUUGUACUUUUCUGUAACAACACUAGAGUUAUUUGUAAACUUAUCUAUUUUUACCCUCAUCUAGACCCAGCCCAGAGUGGUCUGGUUAAGUAUUUCCUACCUCAGGGAACACCUGCACAAGCUGGAAGGUCCAUGUGCCCCCCACCCCCAGGUACCACGUGCAAUCUCCUCGUUAGCAAGAGAGUCCAUUCAUUUGGAAAGUUUGCGGCUCUGAACACUGCAGGCAUCUGGACUAAAACCAGUUGGAUUUGCAGGCAGGUGCCUCUCCUGCCAGAUCAAAUAGGGUAGUCAAGCUGGCGUGCGUGUGCCCACGUGUGCCCCAAAUGAGCGCAUUUGAAAGCUGGUGCAGCUCCCCCCCCCCCCCAGCACUGUGACAAAAGGUAGCGGUGGCUCCCACAAUUCCCACAAUUCCCACCUGCCUCUCCCCCCAUCCUGGAAACGCUGCUUUUGCUGCUGCUUCCUCUACAGCCGGUGCUGGUCCCAGGCAUGGGGGGGGGGGGGACGGGGGACGGGGACACACGAAGCUCCAUGCCAAACUCUCUCUUUUAUCUUAAUUGAGCCAUUCUGCUGUCUCUUUACUUAAAACAAAAUUUUGUAGGAAUUUUUGUACUUUUCAGUAACGACACUAUAGAGUUAUUUGUAAACUUAUUUAUUUUAUACCUUUUUUGUAUUUUUUGAAAAUGUCAAGGAUUUUUUUUUUGUAUUCUACGUUUGUUACAAUAAAAUAUCUUGUUAAGACA